AUGUCGGGCGGCUGGGAGUACACGCUGACCGGCUUCGGCGACUUCCUCGAGAUGCGGCGGGUGCUAUUCGUGGAGCCGAUGCCGGCCACUCGCCUAUGCGGUGUCUGCCGCUUGCUGCCUUCCCGAACUUCGCAGCUGCCGUGCGGCCACGUUUUCUGCGAAAGCUGCUACUCGCAAGUGCCGCAAGGAAAGGACCGCUGCUGUCCGUUCGACGGGAAGAAGUUCACCGACUCCGACGUUCAGUCGUUGAGCAUCGAGCUGCGCCAGCUCGAACAAUGCUGCAUCGUGUGCGUGGCCGGCUCGAGUGUGUGCAACUUCUCCGGCAAACUGUCCGAGCUCGCCGAUCACAUGGCUCGGUGCGGCAGCGGGGAGACCAAGUGCGGAAAGUGCGAGCGAACCGUUUUCCGCAGUCUCGCGGUGGAUCACUACCGAAAAUGCACCGGGCCGUUGCGUGCGGCGAAAGCCGAAGUCGACGCCAAGGGAAUCGGAGGCGCUCCCAAUAUGGUGGACGUCGAUAGAAGCACGCGGGAGCUGAUGCUGAGCAAGGGCGUCGACCUGGAAGCCGUUUUCAGCUGCUUCACCAACGCUUUGGCCGAAAAGGUGGCCACCCUCGAACGUCAGUUGCUCGAAGUGCAGAAAAAUUCGUCGGUCGCGACUGCGUCAAAGGCGGCGGAAAUCCAGGGGCCGUACCGCGCUGCGUCAAGAGCUGGCGUUUUGAUCACCACUUGCAAGUUCGCCAACAUUUACGAAGGGUUGGACUCGUUGAACGAGAAGAAAAAAGAACUCACCAAAUCAACGGACACGUAUUUGCUAGGUGGUUACACUUUCGAGCUCAACUGCAGGUUCACUAAGAAGGAGAACGGCGUUUACCUUGCUUUUAUUCUUUUCUUGCGCGACGGCGAAUGGGACAGUUACGUGGAGUGGCCUUUCAAUAAGAAGGUGACCUUCAUCGUCAUGCACCCAAGGAAUGAGUCAAAAGACAUCCGCUUGCCGGUAACCAUGGAUGGCCACGAUUUGGUGAAGAAGCCUAGUGCCGGAGCUUCGAACUGGGGUCGUUACACGGGCGAAAAAAACUGGAAGGAUAUUGAAAUGGCAAGGAAAUCGUGGCACCGCCACUGGGACGAGGACUGCAACAAAGCCGCGUGCACGCGUCCACACUGCGCAUGCGCGUCCGACGAGCCACCAGCCGGAUUGCGACCGGACCAGGCGCUGCAGCUCGUAAUGCUGACGUUCGACGAUUCCAUCACCAAGACCAACAUGAUCUUCUACCACGAGCUGCUUGAGGGUUCCCGCAGGAAAAACAAGAACAGGUGUGGCAUCGCGGCCACUUUUUUCGUGUUGCACGAGUACACAGACUACACGGCCGUCAACUAG